AUGCGCGUGUGCUGUGUGGCGCAGGCGCCAGGCGCGCCAUCGCAGGAUGUUUUGCAGGCGUCCUUGGCGCGCCGCGCGCUCUCGUUGACAGAACGGGCCCACGAGGUCUCGCGCGCUUCACCACCGCUACACAGAGGCUCCGGGCACGAGGAAGCCGCGCAGGCGGACCACUUCGUACCGCGCUGCGCGAUUCCGCGGCAGUGCCAAAAAGCUCGCUGGCUCUAUGCUUCGAUCGCAAAAGCAGCUAGUUUUUCCCUUCCGAUCUCUGCUGCCUUUGUCGCUGUUUUCCCAGGCCGCGCUUGCUUUUGUUUCGAUCUAUCCGUGCUGGUGCGGCUCGCUGCUAGCAGCAGAAAGCGGCUGCAGGAGACAAAAGCUCUGAGGACCCGGAUGCAGAUGGACGUAGAGACGGUGCAGGCGAGUCCUGCGCUCGCGGCUCAUCUGCAGACCUCGCCGAAGCCACAGGUGAGCAAGUACUACUUCAAGAAGAAGACCAGUAGUAGCCACAGCAGAAAUGGCAAGGAUGAUGCCAACCACGACUCCAGGAUCCAACCCAGGUCGCCCCUGAGCAGACAGAGCCUGACCUUCGACGCCACCUCCACCUACCACGCUGGAGCCUUCUACGAGAUCGACCACGACAAAUUGCCCCCCAAAUCCCCAAUCCAUCUGAAAUCCAUACGGGUGGUAAAGGUGAGCGAGUGCACGAACCUGGACAUCACCGUGAAAUUCCCGUCCCUUCAGGCGCUGCGCAGCUUCUUCUCCUCCUACCCGGCACCCGGCACCGGACCGGAGCUAGACGAGCGCUUCGUCAUGAGCAGCAACCACGCCGCGCGCAUCUUGCGCCGCCGGGUGGCCGAGGAGGAGCUCGAGGGCGAGGUGCAGCAGGACAGCUUUGGCUCAUCAAGCCCCGGCUCUACGACUUCGCCGCACCUCAGCAGGUGCCGUCACGGACAUCGCGCCUCCCGCCGCUACCCGCUCCACCUGCGGCUACGCUGGGGCCGGCAGCCGACUCCUGCUUACUCACCACGUUGA